AGCUGGAGAGAGCCCGGAAAGGGUUUAAGGGUUUGAGUGAAGAGUGCAGGAGAAGGUUCUGGGUUUAUUUUUCUGGUUUGAGACUCGUGCUAACUUGCUUUGUUUCCCUGUCUCUGUUUUGGCCGUGCCCUGCCCUGUGCCCUGGCAUCUCCUGAAGAGCGAGACUCGAGUGCAAACAAUUCCGUGUCCCCCUCGGAGAGCCUGCGGGCCAGCGAGAAGCACCGGAGCUCCACGGAUUACAGCAUCGACUCCAAGAAGCGGAAAGCGGAGGAGAAGGACAGCAUGAGCCGAUAUGACAGCGACGGUGACAAGAGCGAUGACCUGGUGGUGGACGUCUCCAAUGAGGACCCCGCCACGCCCCGGGUGAGCCCGGCCCAUUCCCCCCCGGAGAACGGCCUGGACAAAGCGCGCGGGCUGAAGAAGGGCGACGCUCCCAACAGCCCGGCCUCGGUGGCCUCCUCCAGCAGCACUCCCUCCUCCAAGACCAAGGACCUGGGCCACAACGACAAAUCCUCCACGCCCGGCCUCAAGUCCAACACUCCGACGCCCAGGAACGACGCUCCCACCCCGGGCACCAGCAGUACCCCGGGGCUGCGGCCCAUGCCCGGCAAACCCAGCGGCAUGGACCCCCUGGGUGGGUACCGGGGUCACCCCAGCCCUGGGGGAUUGUCCUCCGGGGGUGAGGUUUAUGGGGACUCCAUCCAGCUGGUGGG